UCGCAACUCGCAAUUCCAGCACGAUUUGGACGUCAUCUCCUUCCUCCCAUCUCCAGUCUCCCCACCCUCUUCCGCCGCCGUCCCAGCCGCCGCCGCCGCGGCGAAACCCUAGGCCCCGCUGAGCAAAGCCCACGCGGGUCGCACUGCGAUAACUUCUCAGGAGAUGGAGUACAGCGUCGCCUCUCACGGCGCCCUCCUCGCCGCCGCGCCGCUCGCGGGCCAGCGGCCCCGUCUACCCCUCUCGCCGCCGCCAUCACCGCCGUCUAUUCAGAUCCAGAAUCGUCUUUAUUCCAUAUCGUCACUCCCACUAAAGGCUAGGCCAGUGAGAAGAUGCGGAGCUUCUCUAGCAAGUAACUACUCGCAAACAUCUGAAAUAGUUGAUUUGGACUGGGAGAACCUUGGUUUUGGGCUUGUGCAAACUGACUACAUGUAUAUUGCAAAAUGCGGGCAGGAUGGGAAAUUUUCCGAGGGUGAAUUGGUGCCAUUUGGACCCAUAGCACUGAACCCAUCUUCUGGAGUCCUAAACUAUGGACAGGGAUUGUUUGAGGGCCUAAAGGCAUAUAGGAAACCUGAUGGGUCCAUCUUAUUAUUUCGCCCGAAGGAAAAUGCUUUGAGGAUGCAAACUGGUGCUGAGAGGAUGUGCAUGCCUGCACCUUCCGUCGAGCAGUUUGUUGAUGCUGUAAAACAAACCGUUCUAGCAAAUAAGAGAUGGGUGCCUCCUACUGGUAAAGGUUCUCUGUAUCUUAGACCCCUACUUAUGGGAAGUGGGGCUGUUCUUGGUCUUGCACCUGCUCCUGAGUAUACAUUCAUUAUAUUUGUCUCCCCUGUUGGCAACUACUUUAAGGAAGGUUUGGCACCGAUAAAUUUGAUAGUUGAAGACAAGUUUCAUCGUGCCACUCCUGGUGGAACUGGAUCUGUGAAGACCAUUGGAAAUUAUGCUUCGGUGUUGAUGGCACAGAAAAUUGCAAAGGAGAAAGGUUAUUCUGAUGUUCUCUACUUGGAUGCGGUUCACAAAAAAUAUCUUGAAGAAGUUUCUUCAUGUAAUAUUUUUGUUGUCAAGGGCAAUGUUAUUUCUACCCCAGCAAUAAAAGGAACAAUAUUACCUGGCAUCACAAGGAAAAGUAUAAUUGAUGUUGCUGUGAGCAAGGGCUUCCAGGUUGAGGAGCGGCUUGUGUCAGUGGAUGAAUUGCUUGAUGCUGAUGAAGUGUUUUGCACGGGAACUGCUGUUGUAGUGUCUCCUGUUGGGAGUAUAACGUAUCAAGGGAAAAGGGUGGAAUAUGGGCACCAAGGUGUUGGCGUCGUGUCUCAGCAGCUGUAUACUUCACUGACGAGUCUCCAGAUGGGUCAAACAGAGGACUGGAUGGGCUGGACUAUGCAACUGAACUAGCAUCAGGCCAUUAGCAUAUCGAAUCUGCCUUCGUCGCAUAGAUGGGUUUGCAAGAUAUCCAUCUAGAUCAAUGAUAUGGUCAUAAGUAGCUCUGUACCCUUCAGUUUUGUAGCAUCGAUCGGAGUGUAGCUCCUGCUAUAUAUUCCGUAGGUAUUGGUGCAUGGCGUCAGCUUAAACUAUAAUUGCGUGUACCCUUCAGUUCUGUUUUCGGACUAGCACUGCAGUGACAUAAAAAGAAUCAUAUACUGUGUAAUCUACAUUGGGAUUCGAAAAGUCAUGGCGUUCAACUUUUAGCAA